GCUGUUCUCUGAUCAGCUUUUAUGGAAAUCGCUUCCAAUUUUAUCGGUUCGUGCUCCCGAGAGCAUCAGAAGAUCUACCAAGAAUGGUUUGAUUACGCCGACUCCGAUGGAGACGGGCGUAUUACCGGGAAUGAUGCUAUUAAGUUCUUUUCCAUGUCCGCAUUGCCCCGGCAAGAUCUCAAGCAGGUGUGGGCAAUUGCAGAUUCUAAGCGGGAAGGAUAUCUUGGUUUCAAAGAGUUUAUUACUGCUAUGCAGCUUGUUUCUUUGGCGCAAUCUGGAGGGGAAGUAAGUCAUGAUGUAUUGAGUUCAAACAGCGGAGUUGAUUUGAAGGGUUUGAAUCCUCCUAAAAUGGAGGGUCUGGAUGCCAUAUUAGCUGUGAGUAUUCUUCUGCUAUAGUCUAAAUGAAUUGUUAAAAGAACUAAUUAACUUUUGAUUAAAGUUUUUAAAGUUACUAG